ACCUCUAUAAAAGGCCAAGCUCCCAGCUGUUCAGUACACUUGCCAGCGGUGUCAGCGAGCACUUAACUUCUCCCUCUGGUGAAGUGGGUUUACUUGAACUUGAAGAAAGAAAAAAAAUGUCUCCACUUCUGAGAAGCAUCUUUGAAAUCACUAAAAUUUUCAAUCAGUAUGCCUCACAUGAUUGUGAUGGGGCAGCCCUAAGCAAGAAAGACCUGAAGAACCUCCUUGAGAGAGAAUUUGCAGAUGUCCUUCGGAGGCCACACGACCCAGAGACAGCAGAUCUGAUUCAGGAACUUCUGGAUCGCGACUGUAACGGGCUUGUCGAUUUCAAUGAAUUCCUCCUGUUCGUCUUCAGGGUGGCUCAAGCUUGUUACUACGCGCUCGGCCAGGCCGCGGGGCUCACUGAGAAAGGAGUCAAGAGUGAGGGAAAGGGGAACCUGUUACAAGAUCGCAGGAGGGAAGCCCAAAGGAGAUUCGAGCCCCAGGACAGCCAACUGGAAGAAAAAUGCCGACUGAAAAGGCAGGAACAGGAGAAGGAGCUCGCUGAGGAAGAGGAGCAGAGGGAGAAGCAAGAGAGACGUGAGCGGAGGCUGCAAAGGCGAGAACGAGAAGAUCGUGGUAAGGAGGAAGAGCAGCUGCUGAGGCGCAAGGGUUGGGAGCCGGAGGAGUUUUCUGACCUAGAGCAGAGGCGAGAGAGGCAGGAGCAGCGGGAGCGACAGCGCCUCCGGGAGGAGCAGCGCGAGCGCCAGGAAGAAGAGCAGCUGCAAAGGCCGGAGCGCCAAGAGCUGAAGAGGGAGCGCCUGGAGGAAGAGCAGCAGCUGCAAAGGCAGAGGCGCGGGCGCGAGGAGUCGCGCUGGGAGCAGGAGCUGCGGCGCGAGCAGGAAGAGGCCAAUGAACAGGGCGAGAGACGCACCCUGAGGUGGCAGUGGCAGGUGGAAAGCGAGGCUGACGCCCGUCAGAGCAAAGUCUACUCCAGGCCCCGCAGGCAAGAGGAGCAGAGGCGCCUCCAGGAGCAGCAGGAGGAGCAGCUGAGGGCGGAGAGGCGCCAGGAACGCGAACAGCGGGAGGAGGAGGAGCAGCGCCGCCAGCGACUCUCAAGGGAGCAGGAGCAGCAGUUCCGUGACCAGGAGCAGAGCCUCCAAGUGGAUCGGGAGAGGCAGCGCCGCAAGGAGGAGCAGCGCCGAGACCAAAACUGCAGGUGGCAACUAGAGGAGGAAAGCCAGAGGCGCUGCCACACACUGUACGCCAAGCCGGCUCAACGAGAGCAGCUGAGGGAGGAGGAGCAGCUGCAGAGAGAGCAACUCGAGAAGAGGAGGCGCCAGGAGCGCGAGAGGCAGCGUCGCGAAGAGGAGCUGCAGAGGGAGAAAGAGCAGCUGCUGAGAGAGGAAGAGAAGAGGAGGCGUCAGGAGCUCGACAGACAUUAUUUAAAGGAGGAGGAGCUGCAGCGAGAGGAAGAACAGCUGCUGAGACGGGAGCGCGAGAGACAAUAUCGCGGAGAGGAGGUGCAGCGCCUGGACAGGAAGCGGCAAUUCCGAGACGAGGAUCGGCAGCAGGAUCUGAAAUGGCAGCGGCAACUAGAAGAAGAAAAUGAAGUUCGUAAUAACAGGGCUUACUCCAAACGCAGAGAAAAUGAAGAAAAGAUCCGACAACUAGAAGAUUCCCAGGUGCGGGAGAGACAGUUUCGGCAAGAUCGGUGGCCCCUGAAGGAUCAACAGGAAGACAGAGAAGGAGAGCAAGAGAGGAGGAGCAAGCAGCAGCGCGACCGGCAGUUCCCAGCUGAAGACCUGCUGGAGCGAGAGCAGCAAAAGGAAGCCAAAAGGCGAGACAGGAAGUUCCGGGAGGAAGAGCAACUGCUGAGAGAAGAAAGAGAAGAGAAAAGACGCCGUCAGGAAGAAGACAGAAAGUUCCGUGAGGAGGAACAGCUGAGCCGCCAGGAGCGUGCCAGAAAGUUCCGUGAGGAGGAGCGGCUCCUGCAGCAAGAGGGGGAACAGCUGAGCCGCCAGGAGCGCGACAGAAAUUUCCAUGAGGAGGAACAGCUGAGCCGCCAGGAGCCCGACAGAAAGUUCCGUGAGGAGGAACGGCUGCGCCGCCAAGAGCGCGACAGAAAGUUCCGUGAGGAGGAGCAGCUCCUGCAACGUGAGGAGGAACAGCUGCGCCGCCAGGAGCGCGACAGAAAGUUCCGUGAGGAGGAGCAGCUCCUGCAACGUGAGGAGGAACAGCUGCGCCGCCAGGAGCGCGACAGAAAGUUCCGUGAGGAGGAGCAGCUCCUGCAGCAAGAGGAGGAACAGCUGAGCCGUCAGGAGCGCGACAGAAAGUUCCGUGAGGAGGAACGGCUGCGCCGCCAAGAGCGCGACAGAAAGUUCCGUGAGGAGGAACAGCUCCUGCAGCAAGAGGAGGAACAGCGGCGCCGCCAGGAGCGCGACGAUGCCUUCUCCCAGGAGGAACAACUGAGGCGCCAGAGGCAGCGAGACAGGAAGUUCCUAGAGAGAGAGCAGAGCCUCCAGAAGGAAAGAGAGGAAGAAAAGCGACGCGUCCCGGAGGAGGACCAGAAGUUCCGUGAGCAAGGAGAGCAGCUGCAGCGCGCGGGGCAGGAGGAGCUGAGGCGCCAGCAGGCGCGAGACCUGCAGUACCGAGCGGAGGAGCAGUUUGCAGCGGAGAAGAAACGUCGGCAGGAACAAGAACUGCGCCCAGGAGAGCAGAGACGCCUGCAGGAGCGGGAGAGGAAAUUCCAGGAAGAAGAACAGCUGCGCUGCCAACAGCAGGAGGAGCAGAGGCGUCGCCAAGAGCGAGACCUGUGGCAGAGCCGCUGCCAAGUCUGGCAGGAGGACAAGGGCCGUCGGCAGGUCCUGGAGCCUGGGAAGCGGCAGGUUGCCAGCGCCCCGGUGCGCUCCAGCCCGCUCUACGAGUACAUCCAAGAGCAGAGAUCUCAAUACCGCCCUUAAGAGAUGCUGCCACAUGCCGACACCUGCCGACACCUGCCAAAGCUUCGAGCAAAGGAAAGUGAGAAUCACUGAGUACCAAAAGACUCACAUGUUUCUGGUUGUGGGAAGACCCUCUGAUGUUAGAAUAUCUCUUUUUUCCAAAAUCUUAAACUACACUCUUUCAUGUACUUUGUAGUCCUGCCUUUUUUCCUUCUUUACGUAGUUCCUUACUGCAGGAUGUCUUUGCUCUCUGGUGCAGAUGUGGUGUGCAUUUUUAAAACCAUAAGCCAUUUAAUUUGAGGAGUCUUGUUUGGGGAACACGUUCAUUUAUUGCUUUAUUAAUAUUUAGCUCCAAAUAGCCUCUCACUUCUUGUAGCAUAAUUAGCAGAUUCUGUGAGGGGACUGAAUUUUUACAACAGCCUUUGAAUAGUGCAGGGGGAAUGGCUUCGCCAUAAGAGCCCCUCGUGAAAUCGGCCCAGAACUGGAAUAAAUAUCUGUUAAGAAUAAGGUUUAGCUUGAAGGCUUAGAAUUUGAAUUCGAUUUUUUUUUACACUUAACUUCAUAAACAUUUAAAACCUCAUGAAGCAAAAGUAAGGUGUUUCUCAAAGAACUCUAGAGGUCAAACUUUAAAACUGUGUCUGCUGUAGUCUGUAGUGCUCAGUUUUCUUCCCCCAGUCUUUCAUGAGCUAGAGAAUAGUACUACCUUUGUUAAUUUUAGCAGAGUGGGGACCUGCUCAGGAUCCUGUAGACAUCUGUCAUGCUGCAGGGCCAACAAGAGAUCAUGGAGUGUUUGGGGGGAGGGAAAGGGUUAGAUCUGUGGACAUAGGGGCAAGUUCCUGAAGGCCCUUGGACAAGAGUCAGCCCACAAUCCUUUGAGGCCUACUGAUACUACCUUGGAGACGUGUUGAAAUAAUUGGACUGUGUAAAAAUUAGUAAUAAAUGCUUGGCAAACAAUUA